AUGCCUAACAUCGCCGCCAUCAUGGCUGUCCCACAAGAUAGCUUUCCAAGUUACAAAGUCGGCGGUCUUAAAAGAGAGAACGCUACUAUUCAUUCCAAUGUUGCCAGAGAGGACGCACCCAAGUGGGAUUGCAACACGCAACCCAUCCCCACUUGGGGUGAGAAUGACGAUGGCGGUCGUGGCAUCACCAUCACCAAUGCUGGCAAUGACUGGCGCGGCUUCUAUAUCUACCGUAAAAGUUGCGACCAAGUGCCAUGGAAGUACAUUUGGAUCGAGGCUGGCAAGACACACUUUGUGUCGUUCCCUGAGCGGUUUGAAGGUAGCAUCCAGCGCGGUGUUGACCCGUACAUGCUCAACGGUCAGGCACAGCCUCUCGGCUCAUGGCUCGAGAUCAGCUGGGACAAGUACAACGUCGGAUGGGCUGACGUCUCUCUGAUUCGCGGCUGUGAUGGCGGAAUUCUGACAUGGGCGCUUGACGGUGUCAACAAAUGGAAGGGCUUUACGCAGUGGGUUCUGGACGGCGCCCAGUCUGGUGCCUAUGACACGAAGAAUGAUGGGCAGUGGGUGAUCAAGGCGACGGAGGGUGUCAACGCGGCCAUCAACACGAUUCCCCGUGACUGGGAUAUGGAAAAGGUGGGCGCCGAGUAUGUCUAUGCUGAUGAUGACCAGGCUAACAUGCACGGCUCUCGGCCUGCAGCAUUUGGACUCUAUCCGCCCACGCAAAAGCGCACUUUUUACGUUUCGAGCCGUUCCUACGCGAAAUCGAGAAAAAUGGCUCCCAAGAAGCCAGUUCAGGAAGAAAAGAUCCCCCUCGGCCGGCCGGGUAACAACUUGAAGAGUGGUAUUGUUGGCCUCGCCAAUGUUGGCAAAUCCACUCUGUUCCAAGCCAUUACCAAGUGCAACCUGGGCAACCCUGCCAACUUCCCAUAUGCAACCAUUGACCCCGAAGAAGCCCGCGUCAUUGUUCCCGAUGAGCGCUUCGACUGGCUUUGCGAAAAGUAUAAGCCCAAGUCGAUCGUCCCGGCCAACUUGACUGUCUAUGAUAUUGCUGGUCUGACGCGAGGCUCCUCGACCGGUGCUGGUCUUGGAAACUCGUUCCUGUCUCAUAUCCGUGCCGUCGAUGCCAUCUUCCAGGUUGUGCGCAGCUUUGACGAUGCCGAGAUUAUUCACAUCGAGGGUGAUGUCAACCCGACAAGAGAUCUCGACAUCAUCAGCGAGGAGCUGCGGCUAAAGGAUAUCGAGUUUGUCGAAAAGGCACUCGAGAAUCAGAAGAAGAAGACCCGAAUGGGUGGUCAGAGUCUAGAGCAAAAGAAAGCUAAGCUUGAGCAAGACAUCAUUGAAAAGAUUCUUUCUUGGCUGCAAGACGGCAAGGAUGUCCGCAAGGGCAACUGGGGGCCCAAGGAGAUCGAGGUCAUCAACCCGCUCUUCCUCCUGACGGCCAAGCCCGUCGUCUACCUCGUCAACUUGUCGGAAAAGGACUUUGUUCGCAAAAAGAACAAGCACCUGCCCAAGAUUGCCGAGUGGAUCAAGGAGCACGCCGAGGGCGACCCCAUCAUCCCUAUCUCGGUGUCCUACGAGGAGCGCCUGACGCGCUACGAGACGGAGGCAGAGUCGCUCGAGGAGCAAAAGAACGUUGGCGCGCCGUCGGUGCUGCCAAAGCUCGUCACUCAGAUGCGCAAGACGCUCCAGCUCGGCAGCUUUUUCACCUCAGGUGCCGACGAGGUCCGUCAAUGGACCAUCCGCGUCGGCACCAAGGCUCCGCAAGCCGCUGGCGUCAUCCACACCGACUUUGAGAAGACCUUCAUCCAGGCCAUCGUAUAUAAUUUUAGCGUCCUCAAGGAGUUGGGUGACGAGGGCGAGGUCAAGGCCAAGGGCAAGAUGAUGACCAAGGGCAAGGAUUACGUUGUCGAGGACGGCGACAUUCUUCUCAUCAAGGCCGGUGCUGCCAAGGGUUAG